GGUUUUUAACCUCUGUUGGUCGUUCAGCAGCUUCCAAAGUGCCCCUCGCCAUGUCGUAUGAGUUCAGUUAUGCGCCAACGAACCGGGCAAAGUGCAAGGGUAAGUGCGGUGAGAAGAUCGAGAAGGGUGCCAUCCGUUUGGGCACCAGCUCCGAUGGCAUGGGCGACUAUACUAUAGCCAGCUAUCGCUGCUUGAAGUGUGUGACCGAUAAACAGUUCUCCAAUAUCAUCAACAAGGCCCGGGCACAAUCGCCUGAGGCUGGCUGGGAUGUUCUCACUGCCAAAGACAAGGCCGCCGUACUCAAGCAGGCCGGCGUCAAACCUGCGGCCAAGGGUGCAGCCAAAGCUGCUGCAUCCUCUCCGGCAAGAAAGGCGAAGGCUAAGCCUGAGCCAAAGCCAAAGGCAGCCAGGGCGCCCAAAGCGAAGCCAAAGCCUGCGGCCAAGCGUGCUGCGAAGGCGCCAGCCAUCGCAAAGCAGCACGAGUUCUUGGACAAGGCCAAAGAGUAUGACUUGGAGGGCGUUAAGGCGAUGUUGGAGGAGACCCCUGAGCUUGUCAACGUUCAACCUGCUGGGCGCUGGUCAGCCCUGCACCAGUUCGCAGAGAACGGAGAUGCAGACGCUGUCCGGUACCUGCUGGAGAUGGGCGCGGAUCGCGAUGCCAAGAACAAGGAGGGACAAACUCCGCUGGAGGUGGCGGCAGAGGAUGCCAAGGCAGCCUUUGAGGAGGAGGAAGGGGAAGAUGAAGAGGCAGAAGAGGAGGCUGAAGACGAGGAGGAAGCUGAAGAACCUCCAAAAGAAGAAGAAAAGAAGGGAACCAAGCGAAAGGCGGAACCGGAACCCAAGGCCAAAGCCGCGGCCUCGGCCGCCACGCCGUCGCCGGCCAAGAAGGCGAAGACGCCUCGACCGGUGGAUGUUGAAGUUCCCAACCGGGAUAAGUAUAGUGUGGUGGAUGACUGGUCGGUUCUCCUCAACCAGACCAAUGUCGGGAAUAACAACAACAAGUUCUACAGGAUACAGCUCCUUAAAGAUGAGCAUGAUAAGAUCUACUGCUUCACGCGCUGGGGCCGUGUGGGCGUCGCGGGUCAAUCCAACUUGGCGCUCUGUGGAAACCAGGCCAAUGGAGAAAGCACCUUCAAGGCCAAGUUCAAGGACAAGUCCGGUGUGCACUACGAUAUGAAGGAUUCCCAUGACUGGAAGCCUACUGUGGGCAAGUACACUAUUGUGAACACAGAGGAGCAGGAGGGCGGCGGUGGCGACUCUGCGCCGUUGGGGAAGCUGACGGAGCAGCAGAUCGAGAAGGGGCAGGAAGUCCUUCAGAAGAUGGAGACAGCCUUGACAAAGAAGAACGCCGCGCAGUUGACGGAAUUGUCUUCAGCAUACUACACCCUCAUCCCGCAUGACUUUGGCUUCAAGGUGCCUCCAGUCAUCAACACCAAGGAGAUGCUCGAGGCAGAGGAAGAGCUUUUGAAGUUUUACCUCCGAAUGGGUUUCGAGGAACUGGACAAGGAAGAAGAAGGUUUGUUGCCCAUUAGUGGGGUGAUGUCUUUGGCUCUACCGCCGAGCCUGGAAUCUGCAUGCUCCGGCGUGUGCACGGCUGCCAGCCUCAAGAGCUCCAUGACGAAUGGAAAGAAGCACGCGGAGAAGCAAAGUGGCGAUCCCACGAAGAGACUUGAGCCGCAUUUGUACGGCGCGCUCAUGCUGUACACCUCCAACGCCAUCUAUCGCCAGCUGAAUGCGGCGCUCCGCAGCGAAGAUCGAAACAAGAUCAAGAAGUACAAGCCUUACCUCAGGUUGCUCUUUGAGGCUUUGAAUCGCUUGCCGCAGCAGAAGAGGACGCUUUGGCGUGGCAUUGGCGUCGACUUGUAUGAUCAGUAUUCUAAGGGCUCUACCAUCACCUGGUGGGGCGUGAGCAGUUGUACCUCGGACGUGCAGGUGGCAAAGAACUUCAUGAAGGGCUGCGGCACGGCCUGUAGCUUCUUGACCGUGAAUACCAAGAGCGCGGUGGAUAUUUCGAAGAUCACCUUCUACGGCAACGAGAAGGAGCAGCUCAUGUUCUUCCAGCGUUGCAGGGGUCCUUGGAGGACUCCUCUGGCAAUCAGGAGAGCUUGCUGGCACCUGGAACUCAGCUCAAGGUCAUCAGUGCUGAGCGGAAAGGCAAGGUGUCAGAAAUCACCCUGGAGGAAGUGGGCCGCCUCGUGGACUGAGCUGCCGUAGACUGUGGAGGGCUCGAUGGCAGAGUUUGGCCUUCAUCGAUACUUGUGGGUUGACGCAUUGAGCUGGCC